UAUGACUUUAAUCUUGAACGUCAUGUUAUCGCUGAUUCAGAACGAUUUCGGCAGGAAAAUGCCGCUUUGAUGCAAGUACGAGCCCAGAAACUGCAAGCUCUUCAGGAUGCGCGCAUCCGUAAGCAAAAAGAGGAAGCCAGAAAAAUAGCUCCUGGAUUCCUGGAUACAGAUCGAAGACUUUUAACUCCCGUACAAAUGCACACACCGUCUAAGCGAACUAGUCAGCAAGUAGAAAAUGGUAAUGUACCCGCUGGUGAAGUUAACAAUGACAAUCAGAAAGUGUCACACGGGCGUUCUGCAUCAGAUGAAUUGCCAAAUCACGUUGUAGAACGAAUGAAAUUAAAAGAAGAGGGUGAUGUAGAAGAG